UAAAACGCGUCUAGCUAGUUGUCUAACAUUAUAUCUCUGGUCCAACUUGUUGGAAGCAAAGUCUUCUAUGGAUUGGAGGUAAAUUAAUCCUCCUGUGUUCUACUGCUUCCUUUUUCUCACCUUGUUCCACUGUUGCUUACACUUACACACGUUCAAAAAUAUUAGCCAAGUUGAAACUUUGAGUCACUACAACUGGAUCUACCUCAGACAGUGGCAGGAAGAGGAUUCUUUGAAAGGGGAAUUAGACGUUGUAAAAUUUAAUAAGCAGAGAAAUUUGCAAUUCUGAGACCUACCUCACUUACACUCAGCGACCCUGUAACGUUUAGUAAUUACUUCAUGAGAUCGGGGUUUGAUCUCUUUGAGUGCUGCUUCACUAGCACAUCUUCUGACUCAAUUCCAAAAGAGCACAGUUUGUUCAAGUGGCGAAUCUUCCCCUACAAGAAACUUGCGAAAUUCACAAAUAAUUUUGAUCAAUCACAUUGUGUUGGAAAGAAGGGGUCUAUCACUGAAUAUUACGGAAAACUUGAGGAUGGACGUGAGAUUACAGUCCAGUGCUUUAAGGAAGACAAGCGCUACAUAUUGCAACAGUUUAUCAAUGAAACUGUUAUCCUAAAUUACUUGCCUCACAAAAACAUUGUGUCAAUUUACGGCUGUGCUUUUCAUCACAAGGAAUCCCUGCUAGUGCACGAAUACCAAUCUAAUGGAAAUCUUGCUGCUUAUCUUCAAAGUGAGAAGGCCGAAAACAACACAUUACCUUGGCAUACCAGAUUGGAUAUAGCUAUAGAUAUUGCAAAUGCAUUGAACUAUCUUCACUGUUAUGGCAUCAUCCACCGCAAUGUGAAGUCCAGCAAUAUUCUCCUAGAUGUGAACUUUUGUGCUAAAGUUGCUAACCUUCAUUUAUCACGGAAACUUCCAGAUGGAGUUCCUGUCUAUGCCACCCCUGUUACAAGUGAUAUGAUUGGGACAUGUGGGUAUGUAGACCCAGAGUUGAUAAAUGGCCGGCUUAGUGUCAAAAAUGAUGUUUAUAGCUUUGGGGUGGUGUUGUGUGAGCUGCUAUCAUCGGUGCUGGCAAAAUACUUGGUUCUGAAUGAAGAGGGUAAUCUUGCUAACAUUUUAAGCAGAAAAAUUGAAAAUCAAGCUUUGGUGGAGUUGUUUGAUCCAAGACUUGGCUUCCAUUCAAACCUUAAGACCAAGCAGAUGAUGAUUGCUACAGCUGAGCUUGCACUUCUCUGCAUGAAAUGUCCACAAGAAUUAAGGCCAAACAUGGAACAAGUGCUAGAGAUUCUCAAUAGCAUAAAGCCAGGGAGAUACCAAACAAAUUCUUACUCAACAAAAGCUUUAAAAAUCUUCCAGUAUGCUGAACUUGAAGAAGCUAGUAACAGUUUCGAUAAUUGCCUUGGAAUGGGAGGGUAUAGCAGCGUGUACUAUGGAAAACUUAAAGAUGGGCGAGAGGUUGCAAUAAAAUGUUUCCAUGACGAGAACAAGAGAGAAGAGACCAUUAAGCAAUUCAUGAAAGAAACCGAGAUCUUAGGUCUCUUGCACCAUCAAAAUCUGGUUUCACUUUAUGGCCGCACUUCUCGCCAUAGCAACAAACACAUGCUAGUGUACGAGUAUAUCUCUAAUGGCACUCUUUCUAAACAUCUUCAUGAAUCUUCCAGUGGUAAACUACCAUGGCAUACUAGGUUAAAUAUUGCCAUUGAAACUGCAGCUGCAUUGGUAUAUCUCCAUGACUCAGGUUUCAUCCACCGCGAUGUAAAAGGGAGUAAUAUUCUGUUGGAUGAAGAUUUUACUGUUAAAGUUGCAGAUUUUGGAUUCUCACGGUCUCUUCCAGAUCAUGUUACUCAUGUUUCAACUAAUCCAGUAGGAACUCGUGCUUACAUGGAUCCUGACUACUUUGAAUCUGGAAGGGUCAGUGACAAAAGUGAUGUGUAUGGAUUUGGGGUGGUCUUGUUUGAACUCAUAUCAUCCAUCCCCCCAGGUUCAAUGGAAGGCACAAAUUAUGUUACUCUUGCACAUUUUGCAAAGAGAAAAAUCUUAAACAAGGAAUUAAAGGAGGUAGUGGAUCCAAGUUUUUGGUUUGCUUCAGAUAAAAUCACGAUGGAAAUGGUAACAGCUGUGGCAGAGUUAGCAUUUCAGUGUGUGCAGUGUCCAAAGGAAUUCAGACCAUCCAUGAAACAGGUGCUAGAUACCCUAGAGGGCAUAAGGAAGGGAACAUGGGGAUUCAACCAGAUAACAUAGUCUUUAUUUUUUAUAUCAACGUGCCCCAUUCUGCCACACCAUGCAUUUGGUUGGUGGUCUAGUAAUUGGAUUUUUGCUGAACAGAGAUGGUAUUUAGCUGCACUAUAGUAAUUUCAGGAUAGUCCUACAUCUUAUUGAAGCCUGAAGGAAAAAUUAUUAGUUUUUCUAGGACCGGAUGGUACUUAAUAAAUUUCUACAUCAAAUAUUAUCAACUGUUUUUAACCUUUUCUCUUGAGUUAGUUUUUUGUUUUAAGUAUAUAUUAGGUAGAAAUUAUUUGGGAUUAUAGACUGAUAGGCUAAAAUUAACUAAGGAAGGAGCUAAGAGAAAUUGUAUGGAAGUUAAAAGAAAAGAAAUAAGGAGAGACCUAAGACUAGUAUUCGUAUUGUAACUUUCUCAAUUUCUUGAAUUAUGUGUAUUUGUACAUUGAACACUGUAAUUGCAUAGUCAUUUUCGGA